AUCGGCACGCCCCCUUUUUUACGGCUGGCAACCGAGAUGAGUUGGUCGGAAUCUCAAAGAUCGUGAAUUGAGAAGGCUCCUGGUUGAUGCUUUCUGCCGGCUGUGACGAUGAAAAGAAACAAUCAAGUGAUGAUGGUGUGGUCGAGUCGGCGCGUAGCAACUUGCAUCGGACGGGUCUGCCAGGUGCCAUGAUGACGUCUUGACGGCCCAGCCAGCUGGCAACACAACAGAUGUCGUGAAGACGGCCCCCUUUUGUUGCUUCUUUCUGCGUCUUCCACGCCUUUUUUUUCUUAUGUAGUGUCUCUGUAUUUUCCUCUUCUCUCCGCCGCCGCUCAGCUUUAAAGCAACUGCCGUCGUUUCGCGUGCGUGCCACCACCAGCUCUCAUUCCUCUCUCAUCUCCCUUUGUGCACCUCACAUAUCCUCCUGUCAUCCAAUACUGGUUAAACAUCCGCCCGCCUCUCAAUGCUUCUCCUUGUAACGACACAGACAAUUCCCCGCAAAACAGGAAGAAACUUCACGCCACGCUGAGCGGUUUCGACCAACACGCUUCGCGCACGCCCCCCUUCGUCCCUGGCGGCAGACGCCCAUGACGCUUCGCUCAUCAAAGAGUCGCUGCAAACGAAUCAGCCCCCUGGAUCCCGCACUAACUUGGGCGCGCUAGUGCUGUCGCCUUUGCCCAUACUUGUUUCUAUACUAGUCCUAAUAUGGGGGGAAUUUGAAUGUAGAUAUUGGGCCGGUCGUAUUCCCUUAAACACUCGAUCGCCUCUUUAAACUUCCUUGCUCCCCCCAUUCUUUCCUACCACACCUUCGCUCCCUGACUGCGGCCCGGUUUCGUUUCUUGUUUUUCUUUCUUUGCAGGCAAACCUUGCCAUCUGCUACUCUCUUCGAGUAGUCAACCUACCGUCCUACGACUUUCAUUAUCGACCUCUACUUUCCAAUGGUGUCGUGAUACCACAGACACCUACAACACUCGUUCGAAUCAACUUCGCAAUCGCUCAUCUAUCCCUAAUACAUCUAAAACAUGGAGACCACCUCGCCUAGGCGCCAAGCCUCGCCUUCACGCUCGUGGGCGGGUGCCAUCCUCUCACGCAUCUUCCGCGUGGUGCGAUCUCCAACAGCCUUGGCUAGCUCGCUUGGCAACCGUCGCUUUGUCUUUGCCUUUCUUACUGUUGGCAUCCUUUCCGCCAAAUUUACCCAUGUGGCAAUGCAUCUUCAGGCUCUAACAACAGAUCAAAUUAUUCCAUGGAGCUACUCUUUCUAUGGUCAAGACUUUGCCCUCCUUCUCCUCGUCAGACUUCUUCUUGGCGAGUGGCUGUUUUCGUCAGAGGGACGACGCGGCUGUAUCAAAUUUCUCGGUCAGAUUUUCACAUCGCUUCUCAUCAUCUACUGUGGCUCCAUUAGUACGAUGAGCGUUUCAUUCUAUGCUGCGACAGGUUCGCAGGUCCGCUGGCGCAACGCCGCCUUUGCUGGUGGCGAUGCUGCCUCCCGUGCACUUAUGAUGUCUGGCAUCAUGUACUUUGUCUUCAUUGUUUCUGCCUUCAUUGUCAGUGCCUGGCUGCUUCGAAACAUGAUAUUCAACUUGUUCGGGCUCGUUAUUCAAGUCAUCGCGCCACCCUUUGCCCGACUAUUCCGUCGCAACCAGCCCCGCGGCUGGGUCGACGAAACAUAUAGCGACAAGUACGCAGAAGUAGCGCAAGAUGACUUGGAAGACGCCGUCUUUGAGCCCGGUGCUGGCAAGCUUGGUGGUAGAAUCACUCGGCCUACGCCAGCAACCAGGAUGGUCAAGGCGGCAAUCGCAUUUGCAGUCAUUUUCCAGAUCUUCUGCUACGUCUUCCGUCCCUCUUCUACCUCCAUGACCUUUUUGUCAUGGACCGCACCUCUUCUGCCAGUUGUUGAGUUCUCAAGCUCGACACCUAAUCUCGAGGGUAUCGCCGAAGUCUACAGAGGCGACAUGAACCGUCUAUACAAGGCCCCAUCUGCACUUGGCGAGCCCAUCCCUCUCUCAUGGCUACCCAAGGGCGACGCUCGCAGCGGAUUCCGGGACUGGUACAAUCAAAGUGCCACGCAUUACCGUGCUACCAACGAUCCCCUCAAGAUUUCCAAUCUGGAAUCGCCACUAUUGCCCGAGUUGAAGGGCAUGCUAAGCAAGGUGCCCAUUCGCCACGUCAUGGUAAUCAAGUUGGAGAGUACACGAAAGGAUCUCUUCCCGCUCAAGAAGGAUGGUCUUAUUUGGAACCGCUUCACUGAAUCGCUGGCCAACAAGAGCCUGCCAGACGCCGCUGUUGAACGCCUUCGCACUUUGACACCCGUGGCGAACUAUCUAACCGGCGAUUAUGACGACGGAUUCGAGCACCCCAAGAAGAACCAGACAAAGCGCGGUGGUAUCAACUUCAACGAUGCCUACACUAGCUGUACCUACACUCUCAAGAGUCUGACAAGCAGUCUCUGUGGUGUCAACGCGCUCAUGUCCGAUUUCAACCACGACUUUGAGCAUCACAUUUACCAGCCUUGUCUGCCGCAAAUCUUUGAUACCUUUAACGACCUCGAUGCCAAGAUUGAUGGUGAUUUCAGAACUUACAAUUGGUCGUCGACAUUUAUGCAGUCUGUCACGCUAAACUUUGACAAAUUCGACAAGCUCAUUCCAGAGCUAGGCUUCCAUAAGGAUCGCAUCAUCGACAAGGAAUACCUUCAGAGCAGCAAAGCCAAAUUUGGUGAAGUCCAUCUCCCGGAUGUAAACUACUUUGGAUUUGUUGAGACCCCGCUCGCCGAUUACAUGCACGAUGCGUUCUCCUCAGCCAAGAAGAACAAUGAGCGUGUUUUCAUCACCCACGUCACCAGCACCAGCCAUCAUCCCUAUGGCAUUCCUGAAGAGGAGCCGUAUGUGCAACUAGGCGACGAUCUCGAGGACUUGUCCAAGUACGUCAAUGCCAUUGGUUACGAUGACCGUUGGUUGGGCAAGGUACUUGGUAUUCUGGAUGAAGAGGGUGUUGCCAACGAGACCCUGGUGGUAUUUGCCGGCGACCAUGGUAUCUCUAUUCCUGAAAAUGAUAUUCCUGCGUCAUACUACAACCCGAGCGUUGGAUGUAACAAGAUCCCUCUUGUCUUUUCUCAUCCUCUUCUCCCAGCCAUCACUAUUGAAGACGCCGUCACCAACCUACAACUGCUCCCUACAGUGCUUGACCUCCUUCUUGAGACGUCAUCGCUUGGGCCAACAAGCACCCGUGCAGCCAAGGAUCUCCUUAGAAAUUACGAAGGUCAAUCCAUGAUCCGACCCUUUGGCAAGACCACCAAGGGCAACGGGGUCGAUACUGGAGACAUUGAUGUCUAUCCGGACUGGCAGUUCACCAUUAUCAACCCUGGCUACAGCAUGAUUGGCGUGCGGGACACGACCAACAAGAACUGGCGCGUGGUGGUGCCUGUAGUGGAAAACCAGGAGUGGCAGUUUUCAGACAUUGAAAAGGACCCUCGCGAGCAGAGCCCUGUCAAGGAGUUUGACUUUUUAAACUUUAUCCGCAAAGUCGAACUCUUCCACGGCGCGGAUGCUGCUAAGUGGGCAGAGGAGGCAUCGUUUGCGUCUCGCUGGUUUGUUGAAGAGAAUCACAAGAGAUGGAGAUAUGGCAAGUACUCUGACAAGUCUGAAGACGACUUUUAAUACGGGUAUUUGACAGGGUCUGUUUUCUUGUUUUAGGUCCAGGGAUCUGUUUUUAGUAUUAUGCCCAGGCCAAUCUUGUACAUCUAGUACGACGCAACGCGAUACGAGCGCGGCGCGUGUUGAACACGCGGUCAUGUAUAAUUAGAAGUAGUGUACGCAUUAUCUGUAACACGACAAAACCACAGCGAAAAUAUUAUAUUAUAUUCGUCAUCUCCCAUGUCCCCAAAAAAUAAAGAAAAGAAAAAUAUUAAUAAAAGGGACUCUGUUCAAAUGUGCCGUGUGUGCAGCCUACUUUGCACUAGAUGCAUCCUUCAUCGUGAAGGAGGGUGGCUCAAUGGUGUACAUUGAUUGGUUUGCACCCGGUGCAUACUGCAAGAGGUGCUUCCCCGCGAAGCUAAGGCGGCGGAUGCAAUUUCCGUACCGUGCCACGAGGAAUCGGGAUGGGUUAGGUUGGGGGGAGUCAAUAGCAGCCAG